AUGUUCCAAAAAUCAUUACUCAACAUCGAAAUUCGUCAAACGUACUACGGCAUAAAAAAGCUUCAAAAGGAACAGUCGACUCUACGACUCUCUAUAUCGUUGGUAGCGCCGGACGCAAUCGUCGUUAAUUUCUUUGCAUCCCAAGAUAGGUUCUUCUUGAACAACGUUGCAUUGACAACAAUAAUCACCAAACGCAAGUAUGAUCGGUUGCUUACAAGCACCGCACAACAUUGCGAUCUCACCAAGUUCUUGACAAACACGAAAGCGAUACACAAUGCGACAGGAAAAUUACUGCCUCCCGAGACUGUUAUUUUACUUAGUCUUGGCCCAAAAUUCGCCCUCCCUUACAAGUCAUUAAAUGAAAUCCCGUUCAGUCACAUCAUUGCUGACCUGGAGAAUGUUAUUGUGUCCGAAGACGACAGACUGACCCGAGAACGAAUCAGAUGCUCAGCCGUGAAUAUAGUUCAAAACUUUAUUCAUAGGUUUGCCGAUAAACAGCUAGAUAUGCUAUCCCGCUUUCUAAUACAUGCUGCUUGCAACGUAACUAGGCGGUUUAUCAAAUCGAACAGUGAUGUAAUUAUCGUUGAGUCAGACAAAGGGAAACAGACUGUUGUGAUGUAUGAAAAAGACUAUGACGACAAAAUGCAAGAAAUGUUGUCAGAUAAGAAAACAUACCUGGCCAUCAAAGUGAAUCCUACGUGGGGCCAUCAGAAAACGAACAACAGCCUUGUUUCACGCCUUCGAAAUCUGGCGCUAAUCGAUGCAAAAACACCAUACCGAUUAAAAACGACAACAGCGCAAUGUCCGAGAAUAUAUGGUCUACCCAAAGUACAUGAACUAAACAUGCCACUCCGGCCGGUAGUCUCCAACAUAGGAGCACCGUCAUAUAUGUUGUCGAAUUAUGUUGGGCAAAUAAUACAGGCAUCCAUCAAGAGCGACUUUAACAUAAAAGAUUCGUUUUCAUUUUGUAGCUAUAUUAACUCAAUUCGAUUACCAGAAGACUAUGUCCUUGUAUCGUUUGACGUUACAUCGCUUUCCACUAGCAUUCCAACGUACAUGAUUCCCGGCAUUAUCAUUAACAGAUGGCAGGAUAAAAGCAAAACACGGAUAUCAACCUAG